GAUGAUGGAAUUUAGAGGAAUAUGGAUCAACACCCAUCAUCUCUACUUUGUCUUGGCUACGGUGACCACCUGUUCGAUGGUUCCCCUGAUUGUUCGUGUAGAACGGGUUCUUUCAUUGUCUCUCACAGUGAUCGGGAUCAUUCUGUCCGCCCUGCCCUAUAUUUUGUUGGGUUCUGUGCUUUGCUUUCUAAAGCUCUUGCGUAAUUUGUUUCAAAGUCCUGCCUAUCAUGGUUGGCCUCAAGUUCUUGUGCCAAGGCCAAGGCUGAUGGCAAGUCCGCAGGCUGUGCCGCAAAUAAUGUAUCCGUGAGGCCUCUUCUUAAGCCUGAAACGAAGACACGGAGUUCGUCAGCCCUAUACUUUUCGUUAAUGUAUUGCGCCUGUGUGGCAUCUUGUGACUUGAUCGUCUUAUUUGUGAGAAGGGUGAGCUUCUUCUCGACCUCUUCGUAGAACUGAGUGAUGGACAGUCCACCCUGUCGCUAUGUGGCAAGCUCUUGCCCUGGCAAAGUUAUCAGACGCUUGUCCGAAUAUGUAAAAUCGAGACGAUUGAUGAUUGACUCAAAGUUUAACACUGGGGUGAACGACGCUAAAAGUGAGUCAGCGGGCCCUCUACUCUUGUUCCUGAUAAUUAAGACCGCAUGGUUGUGCUUUGAACUUCCUACAAAACGCUCGUAUGGCUUAUACGAAACUUUUGCUAAGCAGAAACUGAAACUGCUGGGAUUUAACUACAUCGACCUAUACUUGCUUCAUUUUCCUGUGGGCUACAAAAAUAUGUGUGAUGAGAUUCUGAAGCCAAUAUCUGACGGUAAAUUGCAGACAAGUUUCCUCACAUUCAGCGACGUUGAUUGUAUAGACACAUGGAAAGCUAUGGAGGAACUCGUGAAACUAGGCUUGGUUCGUAGCAUCGGGUUUUCGAACUUUAAUAUGGAACAGGUACAGCGUAUCAUUCAUUGCAGUUCCUCAAAACCAGUGGCAAAUUAGGUAGAAAUCUGGCCUGGUUUUUUGCAAAAAGAUUUGGUUGACUACUGUCACUACAACGGAAUUGUUGUAACAGCGUAUUCACCUCUUGGCCAGCCAAAUAUAAAAAAUCAUAGAAAAACAUAUUUCUUUUCGGAGGGCAUGAGGAGAUAGGUUAAGAAGUAUAAGAAAACAUCUGGUCAAAUAGUAUUGCGAUUUUUGGUGGACUACGGAGUCGUUCCUAUUCCCAAAUUGACUUUUUUUUAACAUAU